UUCCCAUUUCAUACCCUCUCUCUCUCUCUCUCUCUCUCUCUCUCUCUCUCUCAUCACCAUCAAGAAUCAUCCAAGAAAUCACAAGCCAUAACUUUCCCCAUAAACCAAAAUUCUUUCCAAAAUCCAUUUGAUCACCAAGAACUGCUCACACCCAGUAAGCAACAAUGAGUGCUCUUCAAUACCAAGAUGCCAUCAACGCCCCAGACCUCCAGAUAUGGAACAAUGCCGCCUUUGACAACGAAGAAUCCGAAGGCUCGGGCGCCAUUAAAGCUUCCUGGUCUAAUAUGGACGCAGUGAACCUGUCCGAGUCGUUUGAAUCCGAUUGCAGCAAAGAAAAUCUGAGCCCUGUGGGGAUGAAAUCCCCUGUAUAUGAGAAAUCUUCGGUACCGAUUAAGCCGCUUUGCCCGAACAGCCUUAUCGGGAACUUGCAAGGGAAGAAAUUGAAGGUUCUGCUUGAAACUCCGGUGGUAUUGAAGAAGGGAUGUGAAGAAAAAGAGGAAAAAGAAAGAUUUUGUGAUGAGAUAAAGAUUGAUUCGGAGAUUGAAGAGAUUGAAAAGGAGAUUAGUAGGUUAUCGUCCAGGCUCGCAACGCUUCGGCUGGAAAAGGCUGAGCGGAAUGCGAUGAAGACCGUCGAAAGGCGCGGAAGGAUCGUACCGGCUAAGUUCAUGGAGCCGAAACAGAGUUCGAAGAAUUCAGAUUUGGUGAGAAAGAUUGAAGAAACUUCAAUGUCAAGCGUGAAACCGAAGAUUAACCGACGGGGUAUGAGCUUGGGGCCCUCGGAGAUAUUCUCCGGAGCCAGAGCUCGGCAGCCGGGCAAGCCAGAGAUCACACCGGUCCAGUCAAUACAGAGUCGCCGGAAAUCAUGCUUUUGGAAGCUUCAAGAUAUUGAUGAGUUGAAAGUGAUCAAAGAAAGGGGGAAGAGUCUGAGUCUUAGUCCAAAAUCACGCAAAACUGUGUCAAAGACUCAAGCUCCGAAGCAAGCCGCAACUACGGCGGGGUCUAAAAAGCCUGUAAAGAAAGAAGAUGGGGUUCUUUCAUCAAUUCAGCCAAAGAAGCUGUUUAAAGAUGGAGAAAAGGAAAAGUCAGUGACCGCAAAGAAACCAUUGAAGCCUGGCAGGGUUGUGGCGAGUCGGUAUAAUCAGACUAAUGGGAAUUCGAGACUGAGCGAUGGGAGGAAGCGGUCUCUACCGGAAAAUGAUAAGGAGGAUGGUAAGAGGUGUGACAAAAGACGCGCUUCAUUGGUUGGAAAAUCAGGUGGGAAUAAAGGAACGGAGAGCCGGUUGAAGAAGCGGUGGGAGAUGCCGAGUGAGGUAAUUGUGUUCGAGGGUGAGGAGGGUGAGUCUGCAGAGUCAAUUGCUGAGAUGGGUGGCGUGCUUCCCAAGAUUAGGACUAUCCGGUGCGUGAAUGAGACUCCAAGAGACUCGGGACCGGCCAAAAGAUUUGCUGAAUUGAUUGGGAGGAGGUCGCAUUUCGACAAUGAGGAGGAGGCGGAGCCUUCAGUUUGGCAGGCUUUGAGUUUUGAAGAAGAAGAUGCUGAGGAAGAAUGAUUGUUGUUGCUUCAUUGUUGUGAGCCAUAACUCUUGUUAUGGGGUAAGCAAGUUAUGUUUUCUGUGAAUUGGCUGUAACUGUAAGUUUCUAGCUUAAACUUUGCUUGUUCUGCUAUGCAAUAAAUUGGCUAAGAUGUUCUAUUGCUUGAUGAUGAUGCUACAUGAUUUUCUUACAUGUUUCUAUUUAUAUGCUUCACAAGGGGAUUUCAUCCGA